CUCCAGAUUUUGAUUCUAUUAUUUUUUAUUAUAAAUGAAAGGUCAAGGAAUACUUUUCGUAUUCCACAAUAGGAUUGGUUCUGGAAGAAUCUUUGAAAAAAAAUACGUUCAAGACGUUGGGGCUUGGAAUAGAACAGAAGCAUCUCAAAAGCACGUUUUUCUGGUUGAGGAAGGCACACAAGAACGUUUCACAGCGGUGCUCUGCUAUCUUCUCUGUACCCCUCCGCCCUACGCUCAUGGGAGAGCUCAUUUCCCUCCCCACCAGACACUGGGAAAUACUCCCAAGGCUCUGGCGGUCUCAAGGCUGCAAUUCCUGAGACCGGGGACUCUGUGCUGCCAUCUCGUGGCAGAUCUCAGACACAGCAAGCUGGCUGCCGGAAUCCUGUUUGAACUUGGCUUGCGGCGGGAGCUGUGGUUUGGCUCAAAUCCUUAUAGAGCUUUGUUGCCAGUCAUGUUGAUUUUUAAAAAAUGUUUUACUCCCUAUGCUCCCCUUUUCGUUUUUCAUGUUGGCACUUCAUUUAAUGUGCCUCCAGAGGCUACGUUUUGGGUUUUGAUGUAUUUGAUCAAUGUUAAAGAAUCGGUUAACUAUCUUCCCGAAAGAAGGCAGUAAUGCAGACAGACGCCUUUGACAACAGGUAGACCACUGGCUGGCAACCCUAGAAAGAGGGACACACGGGAGACUGAGAAUGAAAGAUGCAGUGAGGUUUAUUGCUCUUAUUCAUUGGUUAGGUUUUUUUUUUUUUUUUUUUUAGAGUAUUCUGACCUUUUCCUUGAGUGUAUUUUUGCUACCAUUUCUCUUGUUUAGAUCUGGAGAAGCUCAAACUCAAGCUGGGAUUUGGGGAAAAGUGUUUGAGGAUGCCAGUCUGGCUUUCAGAGGCAUGAUAGGCACAUCCCUGUUGAUAUCCAAAUUGGAACAACUUUCCUUGUUACCAGAAAACAGCUGGUGUCUGCAGACCUUCCCAUGGUUGGCCAUGACACAGGCCCCUGGAGUUGCUCUGCUCUCGUUAGAGAGUUCCUGUCUGGAGCCACCAGGAAGGCACCAAUCUCCCCUGGGGCCUGAGGGCAGGAUCCUUAUUUUGUUCUCUUCUGCAUCCUGGGAAGUAGCAAAGUACGGCAUUUAAAUGACAGGCCUCUAUUUGUAUUCUAGAUCUGUGUCUUACGUGACACUAGGCAGGUUUCCUAACCUUGAUCCCUCCUCUGUAAGAUGGCGAUCAUUGGGAAUUUUUGGUGAAAAACAUGCACAUAAGAUUCUUAGCACAGAGCCUGAACACAAAGAGAAUGAGUUCAGUAAGUGUGAGCCAGUAUUAGAAAAUGUUUCUUGAAUGAAGAUGUGAAUGGAAUGAGCCCUGACCUUGAGUCACAGUGGUGACACGUACUGCAUGUGGGGAUGAGGCAGCCCAGGGGGUGAGGGAGUCCUGAAGGCAUGGCUUUGCCUGUGCCACUUCUCACCAGAGCCACUGGCUCAAGAACAAGUGUUUUUGUUUCUUGGCAAAAUUGGGAAAGUGAAUGGAGUGGUCUUAAUUAACCUGUGUUUGAAUUUACUCUGUAGCUGCUGGACUCAAUUAAGGAAAUGGAGCAAUCAGGCUCUCACCAGCAAUUCCCUGAGCUUUUAAAUUUUUUUCUUGCAAGGCCCGGGAUUCCAAAGACUACUCCACAUUCCCACCAAUCAGACACCAGGGCAAUGAUCAGAUAUGGCAGUUCGGUACCAAUGUGACCGUUGAUAGAAUAUUUAAACACUCCCAGUGUAAUCAGAGGGGGAAAAAACCCACUAAACCUACAGCUAAGGUUUAGGUUUGUUCUAUGUGU